AUGCCCGAAGAUGGCGGAUCGACUCCGGGCGGCUCCGUGAGACAGCAGCGGGAAAUGGGGGCCUCGCAAGGGGGUGGAACCGGCCGAGAUGUGGACUCGAGCUCUGAACUUACUCAUAUCUUGCAGAUUCCUCGUGAGAAUCAGCUGUCUGGAGAACUUUUUGGAAAUGCGUGCAAUUAUUCUAACACCACCCCAGAUUUUGGAGCUCUCUACCAUGUCAAAGGAAUCAUCCAUCUCCCUUACGCUGAAAUUGAAGAGCCGUUCGAAGCCUGGUAUAACUUAACUGGCAACAAGAGUCGCAUUGAAUAUUAUAAUGGCCAGGUGGUGACACUGCAGCUUGGAUGUUUAGAGCCCUAUGGUGCCUUGUUCAAGAUUACACCAGCAACCACAGAAAAUGUGGUCAAUAUUCAGAAGUGCUUCCUGUUAAAUGGCACCAAAGAAAGCCAAGUGAAGCCACAAGGGGUCUUUCCCAGCAUGAAAGAUUUCAAGUUUGUAAGAGAAGAAUACUACAAAAGCAUAUACACCUCCGUGUGGCAGAGCACAACCCACUGGGGCAACAAGAAGAAUAUUUAUACAAUGUGGGUGACCAACGCCAGCUGUGGAGUCACCCCAGUACAUUACGAGAUGAAGGGUUACAACAACUUGCUGGGAUCCCACUACGACAAGUAUGAAAUUGAUUACAGUGACUUCUCCAAUAGCUUCCCAGCUUCCAUCUUUGUCCUGAAAUCAAAUGAAACAAAAGUGUGUGAUGAGCUGCCAGGAGAUUCCACAGAGCACCACAUCAUGGCCAACCCCAUGGCUGAUUUUGUUGGUGGACAGGAGGAUCGUGCCCACAGCCUGUUCCACCAUUACAGAAAACGCUUUGGAAAGAGCUAUGACACUGAGCAGGAGAUGGACCAUCGGAAGCACACCUUCACCCACAACAUGAGGUUUGUCCAUUCCAAGAAUCGAGCCAACCUUCCAUUUAAGCUGGCCCUGAAUCACUUGGCAGAUCUCACCCUGGAAGAGAUGGCUGUGAUGAGGGGGAAGCUCAAGAGCACAACACCCAACAAGGGGCUGCCCUUCCCUGAGGAGAUUUACACAGGCCUCAUCCUGCCAGAAAGUUUGGAUUGGAGACUCUAUGGGGCAGUGACUCCUGUCAAAGACCAGGCUGUGUGUGGUUCCUGCUGGAGCUUUUCUAGUACGGGAUCCCUUGAAGGAGCUCUCUUCCUUAAGACUGGCCACCUCAUCCCUUUGUCUCAACAAAUUCUCAUCGACUGCUCCUGGGGUUUUGGAAACUAUGCUUGUGAUGGUGGUGAGGAGUGGCAGGCAUUUGAAUGGAUCCUGAAACAUGGCGGCAUUGCCACCACCGAGUCGUAUGGGCCCUACAAAGGACAAAAUGGCUACUGUCACAGCAACAAGACUCACCUCGUUGGCAAGCUCUCAAGUUACGUCAAUGUCACUUCUGGGAAUGCCACUGCUCUGAAGGCUGCCAUUUACAAGCACGGUCCUGUCUCUGUCAGCAUUGAUGCCGCCCACAGGACUUUCUCUUUCUAUUCUAAUGGGGUCUACUAUGAGCCCAAAUGCAAAAACAAGAGGGGCGAGCUAGAUCAUGCUGUCCUGGCUGUUGGUUAUGGUGUCCUUCAAGGAGAGCUUUAUUGGCUCAUCAAGAACUCUUGGUCUACAUACUGGGGCAAUGAUGGUUACAUCCUCAUGUCCAUGAAAGACAACAACUGUGGUGUUACUACUGACGCUGUUUUCCCAAUUAUGUCUUAAUGGGAGCACAACUUGGCUGAUUCCU